UCAACGCCAAUGCCAAAUGCCAAACUGUCAUAAAUGCAAUUAUUACAAUCAGAUUUUUGCCGUGAAAGAAGUGUUAAAAAACAGUGUUAAUUGCUGUAUACAUUACAAUAAAAGAAUUUAUAAGCGUUCUUACGUUAAAUUUUUCUACAUCAAGCCCCUUAGAUUAUCGUACAUUUAUUUAUUUACAAUGACUGACGCAAUCGAUGAGUACUUUGAGGUUGCUUUGGAACUGGUUAAGAGUGCCGGAAACCUUAUAACAGAUUACACUAGUGGCUGCAAGGACUUUAAAAUUAAGUCUUCGGAUAUCGAUCUCGUCACCGAAAUAGACAAAAAGGUUGAAGAGACUUUAAUUAGCGGUCUUUCCCAGAAAUUUCCAGGUCACAAGUUUAUAGGAGAGGAAUCAGCAUUUGAAGGUGGUAAAUGCGUACUUACAGACGAGCCAACAUGGAUAAUAGACCCUGUUGAUGGAACCCUUAACUUCAUUCAUGGUUACCCUAGCAGUUGUAUUUCACUAGGGCUUGUUAUCAAUAAAGAGGCAGUCGCUGGUAUUAUAUAUAACCCUAUCGUGAAUCAGCUUUUCACGGCAAAGAAGGGUCAGGGGGCAUAUUUAAAUGGCAGACAGAUUCACGUUUCACAAGUGAAGGAGGUACGAAAUGCACUUAUAUCGUUUGAGGCUGGUACAGCCCGUGAUGAAGAGAAACAGAGAAUAGUUUUUGAAAAUUUCAAAUUGAUAGUCACAAAAGCACAAGGAGCGAGAACAGUAGGAUCUGCUGCUUUGAACAUGGCUAUGGUUGCUUUGGGAGGCUCAGAUGCGUAUUUCGAGUUUGGAAUACAUGCAUGGGACAUUGCAGCUGGAGAUAUAAUAGUCAGAGAAGCUGGUGGUGUAUGUAUAGACCCAGCUGGAGGGCCUUUUGAUAUCCUUUCUCGUAGAGUCCUGUGUGCUAGUAGCCAAGAACUGGCCCAGGAAUUGGCUACUAUGCUACACCAGUACUAUCCAGAGAGGGAUUAAAUGUAAUUUUUAAUAAUUAUAACAAGGGAUCAAAAGAAUCUCCGGCUGCAUUUUAUGUUGCUUAAUUUUCAUUAGUUGUUAUUUGAUGUUAACAUAAGGACUACAUGUUGUAGAUGUUUUUUUUUUUAAAUUAAUUAAUAAUUAUUUUUAUUUACAAAAAGAUUUUAUUGUAUUUAUUAUACAUUUAUUAAUUAUUUGUGUAACACACAUUGUACCAUUUUGACAGAGUAAGGAAUAUAUUUGUAUUCAAGUAUUUCUAUUAUUGACAAGUUUCAAAUAUAAUUUAAAUUAUAUAAUAUCAGUCAUUUGAUUAAUUUAAUUAUUUAUAUGUAAUAAAAUGUUAUUGGAAAAUACAUAUUUGAUGCUUAAGUGAAUUUAUUUUUCAUGUUUUCAGCCAAAGUAAU